UUCUUGUGGUCAGCAAUCUUUGCGUCACGACGUAAAUUGCAAUGAUCUUGUGAGUCGUGAAUGCAAUGAUUGCAAUCUUUGCGUCACGACGUACAUUGCAUUGAUCUUGCAAUGAUCCUGUGGUCAGCAAUACAAAGAAAACAAUUUUCAUUCCCACUGGAAGUGGGGUGUGGGUUUUGGUCGAGCUUUUUCUGGUGUUUUGAUGGCUACCGCUCUUACGAAACUGAGGAAGCGCUUGGGUUUUUCAGGGAAGGCGAGAGCCUCAUCGCUGCCCGGAGAACUAUGCCGCGACUUUUUUCUUGACGAAAUCAAAACAGCAACCCACGACUUCAAUAAAGAAUUAAUUGUCGGUGAGGGUGGCUUUGGCACAGUAUAUGAGGGUUUCAUUGACAAGGGUAACUCCUGGCCUGUUGCGAUAAAGCGCUUGAACAAGGAUUCACUUCAAGGUGAAGCAGAGUUCAGCACGGAGACUCUAUUGCUCUGUCAAAUUCGCCAUGUCCACCUCAUUCCAUUCAUCGGAUACUGCAAAGAUGAGGGCGAGAGGAUCCUCGUCUACGGCUUCAUGGCCAACAAAUCGCUCGGCGACCAGCUCUACGGCACCGACAAGAUCCCCCUGCCGUGGAAACAGAGGCUGCAGAUUUGCAUCGGAGCGGCGCGUGGCUUGCACUGCCUACACACGGGGUUGAAGCACCCAGUUAUCCACCGUGACGUGAAGCCGACCAAUAUUCUCUUGGACGAGAAUUGGGUAGCCAAGGUUUCAGAUUUCGGACUGUCCAGACAGGUUUUGAAUGACAUCAAGUCUAGCAACCUCGUCGGGGACGUGGAGCGUACGAGGGGACCUUUGGAUUUUGAAUUGUCCGAACAGAUUUCGAGUAACAGUACUACGGCUAGUUACAACGGCGACUUAAGUGGUUAUAGUACGUUGGUGGCCGGCACGUUAGGAUAUGCGGAUCCGGAAUACCUGAGAAGCGGUCGAGUGACAACAAAAUCCGAUGUAUAUUCCUUCGGCGUGGUGCUCUUGGAAGUAUUAUGUGCCCGAAGAUCAUUAAAUACAAAAUUGGAGGAGGAGCAAAGGUAUUUGGCCGACUGGGCCCGAAAAUGCAACGAGAAUGGGAGCAUCGAAAACAUCAUAGAUCCCUAUCUGAAGGGGAAGAUAGAUCCAGAAUGCUUCAAGGUAUACGUGGAGAUUGCGGUGACUUGCGUGCAAGAUAAGGGGAUCCAACGGCCUACGAUCGUAGAUGUGAUGGAAAAGCUCGAACUUGCACUGGAGCUGCAAGAGAAGGCGGAUUCGGAGAGGGAGAAGAUGAUCAGCGCUGGUAGUAAUAUAAUGGAAGAUUUGUCCGCAAAUUCACAAACACAGCCGACUUGAUCUCGCAAAGCUUCUCCCGGGGUUUGAGGUGAAAUAAUAAACAAAACAAAAUACGCGUAUGAUUUGUCAUUAAUUAAGACAUAUUAACUAAUUAUUUUAAAACUUUUAAUAAUGCUAUCAGGUUUGAUAAUAUUAAUGGUUUCGUAAUUAGUAAAUGUAUUCUGUAGCUAGUUCCAA